UUUAAAAAUAUAUUUUUUAAAAAUCACGUUAGCAGUAAAAAAAAUUAAUACUAGGCUUAGUAAUAAGCUAAUUUAUAGUGUAGUAAUACCGGGAAUUUCCUAUACGACAUGUCAUAGCACAGUCCAACUUGGACUGCAAAACAAAACAGUGUUGUCAAACAGUCUCUAUGCCCAACUGCCUUUGCUUUCCUUGACUCAAAUCAGACCCCCAUUUAGAUAAUGUUGAGAUGUCCAAUAGUCCUGAGCAGAUGAAUCAAACCUGGAACUGUCAGUUAUGAACUUUGAAAAUGGCUACAAGGGAGAUUGAAAAUAUUGGAGAAAAUGGUGACUAUGAAGUAGAAGUGAGCUUUGAAGGUGGAAAGAGUUUAUCAAUUUUUCAACAGUGCUGGAAGAAAUGUAAGAAGAGACCAGACCACAAUGACUUCAUACCGAUCAGCACUCUAAGAGUCGAUCAUCUACCAGACAAUUUUAAAGAUCCUGACAUCAUCAGCGUUAUUCGAUGUUUGAGUUAUCUCACAGUCAACAUAAAUGUAUUAGGUGCUAGCGAAUCCCGACCUGAAAAUCACAAUGGCAAACCUUAUCCUCGAUAUAGUAAUAUUGCUCCUGAUAUGACCAGGACGGGGACAGGCAAGAUACAUACCAUCAGUAUUUAUCCAGAUGAUGGGGAUGAAAAUUGUCAUUGUAAAAAAUGUAAAAAUGAUCAAAUUAUUACCAAGAUAUGGGGUAAAGUUUUUAUUCUUACAGCCAUGCAUGUGGUUUUUGAUAAAUUCGAAGCUGAGAACACAACUUGUAUUUGGGGUCAUAAUACAGAGAGCUGUAAAGUUGCGAAUCUAGAAGGGGUUGACAUAAGGAAAGCAACUCUGAUGAAUGAUAUGUGUUUAUUUGAAUGUGUUACCCAUGAUGUUGAUCUAUUGAAGAAGCUGAAGGGCACCAUAGACCUCUAUACUUCCCAUUGCGCUCAAGUUUAUGAAAAAUUUAAACAUGGACCUGAUAAAAGUUUAAUUAUUUUAGUUUCACAUCCUCAUGGGUGUGCCAAACAUGUCUCCAUUGGUAAAAUACUAACAAGAGAAAAAUUACCAAAUGAAGAUACCAGGUACACCUAUGAUGCACCAACUUGCAACGGCUGCAGUGGUGCGCCAGUGUAUGUGCUUGAAAAGAAGAAUGGAUGGUGGACCACACAUGUUCAUAGUGGAUCAGUAGUAACUGGUGGAAGCAUUAGUGGACUUACGUGGCUGUAGUUAUUUUACUUUACAUUAUGCAUGAAGUAUUGUACUCUAAAAAUAAACGUUGUAUUCAGACCUACAGAAAAACAACAAUCCCAAAACUAUUCAAUAAAUUAUUUUUCAAUUUA